GGUGGGAGGCAGCCGCGCGACGUGCUUUUCUCCGGCUUCCUUGCUAGUAACUUUGGAGCGUCGCCCGGGCGGUCCUCGCCCAUAAAGGCGGGCUUUGUACUGCCAGAAUAAUGAUGGACGGAACUGUUGCAAAAAAGUUGCAUGGAGUCGGCUCUCUUCUUUAUAUUAUCGCACUAGUGUUGGCGCCUAUGAGCGAGCCUGUACAUUCGUUCACCUUCAAGCAACCCUACCGUAUAUAUUUAAACGUUGUGCAUGGUUUCUCUCCCCAGCCUCUUUGGCAGUCAAGUGCAAACAACCAGCUGGCUGUUCUAUUUGCGCGCCAAUUAGGUCGCACAAGGCUGGUUUUGUAUAUAUAUACGAUCGAGUGCUGGAUUGGGACCGAGAAAAAGCGGGAAAGCGCGUUUUAAUAACUGCAAAAAUCCCGAGAUUUGGGACUGGAAAAUUACAACCCCGUCACCGAUAAUCUGCAAAUGGCUACAUUUAUAGGAUAUGGAAACAAUUCUAAAAUGUGGAAUAUUGCAACUUAAAUACCUAUAGGAUUUAUCAUUACAGUGUUAAAUAAUACUUGGAAUUCAAUAUGUGAUUUAAAAAAACAAUAUCCAGAAUUCUGUAUAAAUCAGAAAUGACAUCAAGGAAUAUGCUAUCCAAUCAAAACAGACCACACACUUCAGAGCUUUUAGAGCUGCAUGUAUUUUAUGUUCCAGAAGAAGUGUGGAAUUUCAAAUUGAAUACAGUUUCUAUAGAAGUUAUUAGCAAAUUCUUUUCAGCUGGAUUUAUAAGGGUGUCACCUCAUAUGACAUUGAAAACAUUAAGAGAAAACCUUGGAGAGUACCUAGAUGAAGAUGCAGUUAUAGAUAAGUAUGUCUUUCUAAAAUGCAUUGGAGAGAAACUUGUGGUGGUGAAAGCAAAACAAGAGAUGGAACUGAAGCUGAAAUCAUUUGCUCCUCCAUAUGCAUUUCAUCCAGAACUUUAUUUGUUAUCAGGAAUAGAAAGUAUUUAUUCAUCUUUGUCAUCCACUCCAGAGAAACGCCAUAAUAAUCCAGAAUAUGUGCUUACAUCUGCAUCAUAUGAAAGGCCACAUAGUUUAAUUUCACCAAAUCCUGAUAGUUAUCCAAACUCAAUAAUGUUGGAUAGCUCCUUCAAAAACAAUCUCAGUCAAACUCGGGAAAAAGCUGAUUUUGGUGAGUGGAAUGAAAAGGAAACUCUUCCAGUUCUACAUAAAAAGCAAAGCUCUGAGCAAGAAAAGAAUGAAAGUAUUCAAGGAAAAAGUAGUUCACAACAAAGGAAAGGCAAAAUCAAUUGUAACAUCAACAAAAUAGAAUCAUCAAAACAGCACUCUGCAAAGAAAUCUGCACCAGUGAAAAUAUAUCAGAAAAAGACUGAUUUUUCAAUCCCAGAAAGGCAUAAUAUUCCAGGAAAGGAUGAAAAAUACAGAAAGACAGUUGCAUCUCCAAAGAUAGAUCAGAACCAUGAAAAGGAGGAAAACAACCAGUUUCCACUAAGUCACACCUCACAGAAGACAAAAGAAGAGGUUUCUCUCAUGUUGGACACAAAUGCAGAAAAUGGAGGGAAUUUGACAGGGAUUGGAAAUGGAAGGCAUACUACUACUGCUGAUUCUGGAAUCCCAAAAUCCUUGGAAAACCGAGACAUAACAUACUCACCCAAGAAGAGGAGCCAACAACAUCCUGGAAUUACCAAGACUGCUACUGACCCUGGUAAUGUGCAGAAUAAUCAGGCUGAUGGGAAUAACCUAAAUGACUCCGCAUAUCCUAGUCACUAUCUUUCCCCUCCUACUCCACCUCUUCUGGCUGUCUCAGUAAAUAGAGCUCAACUUCCUCACAAAGAUUUUCCAACAGAAGGCAAUCAAUUACAUAAGCAACUGAAACAUAUUAAGAUAGAAAGAAGACAUCUGGAAAAAACUAGAGAGGAAUUGGUUAAAAAAGUGAAAAACCUGAUUGAACAGCACAAGCUCAGGAGAUGCCAUGUCCGUGAUUCCUGGAAAAAAAAAUAUUUUGAAAUGAAGAAAGUCACAGUUUUCUCAGAGGAAACUUUAAAUAAAUUACAGGAAAAAUUAGAAUUACACCAUCAACAAUUAAUGAGGCAGCUGGAAGCUAGAGAUACCAAGAAAAAACAAAAUAAUUUAACCCAAACCACCAAUUCAAAAAAUAAUGUAAUAAUCCAGAUUACAACCCUGGAGCGGGAAAUUGACCAGCUAAAGAGAAAGUUAGACAACGCCAAAAUGAAGCUUGUCAUAGAAAUCAAGAUGAAAAAACAAGCAAUUUCUGAUUUACAAGCGCUGAAGGCAGAACUGGUGCACAAGAAGGUUCAGUCAUCUUUAAGAUUUCUGUCUGGAAAGCAAGUAUUUUAGUUAACCCUUUUAAUGAAAUUCUUCAGUCUGUAGCUAUUCAAAACCUAAUUUUGAUUAAACAUAGCAAAGCUUG